AUAUUCUUAUUUUUAAAUGUUGACAAGGCGAGAACAUUUGUUAGUAAGGCCGUGGCAACAACAGCGAUUUAAAAAUCAUAGAAGAAAGGUACAGUCGGCACUGCCAGCAAUAGAUGUAGGUCCUCCUCCACCUCGCGGCCAUGUCUGCUGCAAGCUGAAGAAACUUCAGUGGGAAGAAGAACGAUGUGCACAGAUCGAGGAAGAUAACUUCAGACUGCUGCAGCGUAUGGGCUCCAUCAUGCAAACAAACCGCCUGGAUAACCACUGGCUUUCACAGCCACCAAAUUUCCUACAUCGAGUCGGAAUCUACAAGACCCGCCCAACUCAGUCAGCUGCCACUGACUCUGCGCUGACCAACACUCCAGAAGCACUGAGCCACAGGAAGAUUCGUUGCCAAGCAUGUAAUCCACAGAAAAUAAACAUGGCUCAGGUGAUCCCAGAAGAAAGAGUCCCAUGGGAACCACCUAAAAUAAAUGUCUCGCGACUCCUCAGUAGCGCUACCAGCAACACACAGAGUACAUUUACUACUACGUCGCAAAGAUCACACUCAAGAGAUGUUGACGCAUCUCCACACCGCGUGACUGUGACGCGCGGAAGUCUCCGCCUGCAAGUGGACUUCCCAGCGCAAGCCGGAGUGAAGAUCAAGAGUGGUCAGCAGGAACGAAUGCUACAGCGGGAAUACUGCCAGUGCAAGGCCACGCCUGGAAAGCACAUGUAAUCUCUACCGCACAGUGCAACCAACCCUCAGCGUUAUAUAGGAUCAUGUGCAACAACUGUAGCAUUACGCAGAGCUUGUACCAGCUCACAACUUACAUCAACUUGCACAAAAAUUUGCUCACUUUCUAAUCAUUACUUAUUUUAAAUCUUUUUAAUACUUGGCAGCAUGAAAUUGAUCUGCAUCGCAAUAAACUGCCAAGGCUUAAAAGCUAGCAUGGUCCUAAUGUUUAGACCCAAUGUAAUAUGUAACGCUCAGUUUUGGCCCAAAUGAUUGGACAGUGAACAGAGUGGUGUGAUCUGGUAUUUCAAAACUUAAAAUGAAAGAUCACGGUUCUGCCAACUUUUUAAGCAUCCAUAAUUUUCUUUUAGAGCAUUUAAUGAUUCAUUCACAUGUAGACUAGAGAAUUAAAAUUUGAGAAAUCACUGCAAGCAAAUGCCGUCUUGUGUAAAAAAUUCAUGCUUAAUCAACUGUUGUAAAAAACCAUUGGCUAGUAAACUGGAUUUUUUUGUACAUGUACUUGAUGAGAACACUGGAGACACAAAACACAUGCAAUACAAUUCAGGAAGCUUAAGCAGGGAUCUACAGUGGCUUACAUUAAUUAAAAGUUCCAGUAUUUGCCUAUUGAGAUUAAAAAAAAUAAUAUAUAAAAAUGGAUCCUCCAAUAUUUUAUGGUUGCAUCACCACACUCAGUAACAGGAUUAAUUAAGCAUUCACAAUCGGAUAAAAACCUUAGUUAAGUUAAGACUUAUUAGAAGAGAUAUUUUAGUUGACAAAUGAAUCAGGUUUCUUGUAGAUCUCAUGCCUCUUGUGCUAAUAAUGUACCUCAAUGCAACUCUGGUGAAAUAAAGCUCCCUGCACUUUCCCUACACUAGUACCACAUUCACCUAUGUAUGGUUAGCAUAUUUUAUGCCGAUUUUUAAUGUAAAAAAUUUACUACUACCCAUAUGCGAAUUUUGGGUUAAAAAAAAAAUUACUGUGUGGUUCAAUAUGUGCGUAAAUAAACAAACUAUGUUGGUUUUAAACAAAUAUAACUCUACGAGUAAGCAUUAAUUGUUUAAUCAAAAUAUCUCAGCAGUCACGUGAAUUUCCAUGAACAGCACAGUUAUUGCAAGUGUGUCUUGUCAGCCGCCCGACCUGUCAGGCCGCCGGCAAGUGACGCGUCAGCUGUGCUGCGAAGGCUUGGACGGCCCGGGAAGGGGGGGGGGAUAUCUAAAAAUAAACCACCAGAAGGGGGGGAGAGAGAGCGCUCGAGGCCAUAUGGAAGUUUUGAUGGUUUGCCCCUCUCUCUUCUUGUAAAUGUGCUGGUAGGACAUUAUUAACACAUUAACGUAUCUAUCUUGACAGCUGUUUAUAACACAACUGUGCCCAAUCGUUAUUGUUUAUGAAUGAGAUCUCCCAUGCUUUCAACUGAACAUACUGUGACCAGGGGCGUAGCCAGGGAGGGGGGGGUUUAGGGGUUCAACCCCCCCCCCUAGCACCAAAUCUUUAAUUAAUUUCUUAUUCAUCACUCAAACAAAUUUCAUAUUAAAAUUAAUAAAAUUUUUACCAUUACAAUAUUUAAAUUUAAGAACUGAAAACUGCUAAAAUAGCACUAUUUUACACCUUAAAAUCCAAAUUUUCCUGGGGGAGGACCCUCGGACCCCCCCCCCUUUAAUACAGGGGGGCCAUGCUUCUUAACACACCCCAUACACAAAUCCUGGCUACGCCACUGACUGUGACAAAACUGUAGAUAUCGCUGGUGUUUAUAAGAGCACCUUUAAUAUUAAUUAAUAGGAAGUGCAGGGAAUUGGAUGGGUCGUGAAUAUCUUCCCAUAGUAAACACACAAAGAAGAACCAAGUGUCAAAGUCCGUGGAUUUCUUAAGUGCCAAUAAGUUGAGAAAAGGAACACUUCCCUUGUAUCCACACAACUAGUAAAUACAGAUAUAUGGUUCUGAUACCCAUAAGCAGGGGUGAUCCUUACAGCGAAAAUGUUAAGAUUCUUUUGCCCAAAAUUAAGGGUGCUACCCAUAGGAUGGGGGGCUACCCUUCUGCUGGUACAUUCGGUACUUACAAUACUGUGCACCAAAUAUUUCAUGUCUAAAAAGUAUGUGAAAACACUCAUUUAAAACUUUUAGCUGCCCAAAAAAUACAUAUUAAAAAUGAAAAUAAGAAACAAAACUUGUACAGGCAAAUGUAAUGGCUCUUAAAUGAAAUGUUAUUCGUAAUCACUGUUUAUAAAUCUCGAAUGGUUUGUAAAUCACAAGUUAACUGCAAGAUAUUGAUGUGCCAUUUCUCAACAUGCCUAGGCAGACACCUUAAACAAGUUCAAUAAAAUUUCACCUCUGAGUUUUAUCACUUAUAAAUUUGACUUAAGUAUGUUUGUGCAACAUGUUUUCCAAAAUUAGCAAUUUCCUUACUCCUAAUUGUUUAAACAAUAUUUUUUCACACAAUUUUUUUUUACCCCCUUGAAAGAAUAUAUCUAAAAAUAAAAGUUUUAAACCAGUUUGUUAUCUGAAAUAAUAUUAAGUAUUAAACACUUUUAACCUAACAUGUUUAUAAAUUUCUAUAUUUUGGCAUAAAAAUAUAUAUAGUAAAUUAAAAUUUUGAAUAUAGUUUGUUGAGAAAACAUUAACAAUUAAAUUUAGCCCCAAAUUACAUUAACUACAUAUUCAAAAAUAUGCAGCACAUCAAAAAUUGAACACAUGUAUAAAUUACCAAAAAGUGAAUUGAAUACCUUAACUAAUUUUGAUUUCUUUGUAAGCACUUACAUUUUGUUUUGCUGUUCAUAAAAAUAAAAGUUAGGGGGUUGAAAGUGUAGGAGUAAAACAUCAGCACACACCACAAUACUACCAAAAAUAAAUAAA